AUGACUCGACUGUCAGUCACCUUGCCUGUCCCACAGAUAGCUUCCAGAUUUUAUUUACCCGGUCAUUCUCCAAGAAUCAGCACACCAAAGUGCUGGUUUGGUGUAGGCUUUCCUGAACUGCUCAGGAACUCCCCAGCGGACUGUGACAGGGAUGGCUGCCACCAUGCAGAAGUACUCCUAGCAACUGAGAUGUGCAAGGCCCCAAAUCUUCCAGUAAGUCAUUACCGGCCCCCACUCCCUCUUUUGCAGCUACUGUGCCUUCCACACCCCUUUUUCUGGAUUCCAAAGAGACGCAGGAACAGGCCAGUGAUCUCCAGGCUGGAGGAUCCCACAAGUUACUCUCCGACCCUGUCCCCUCCGUCCAGUUUGACCAGGGCUGCACUCCGCCCCCAACCUCCCUACAAGCCUCCUUGGCCUCGCGCUGCACCCACCUUUUGGUCCGCGGAGAAGCCCCCUCCCCAGCUCGCUCGCGGCAUCGGAGAGCCCGCAGGGUUGUGGCAAGGGCGACUACGUGAGCGUCGGUGUGUCCGGGAGGCAGGGCCUGGGCUGGGUUCCCGGAGAUGUCGGCGGUGGGAGGAAGACGACGAGGAGGAGGAGCCCGUUAUCGCACCCGGGCGGGGCCGGCAAAGGGGCAACCCCGGCCGGAGCAAGCAGCGCGACACCAGCACCCCCGCGCGGCCGCCUGGCCUCCGCCAGGCCGGGACGGGGAUCGUGCUAGGUCCCGUCGCCCUCGGUGGCCUGAGAGCCUACCAAGUGUAUUUCCUCGCGUUUUAUAGGGAAAAUAAGGCCCGGAGAGAGACGAAGCGGCUUGUCCUUAAGCUCCAAACCCCACUACCCAACUUUGGAGAAGUCUCCAGACCUCUCGGGACCCGGGGCUGGGAACUUGUGCUAGGUUCGAAGCCAGAACAACAGGUGGUAAAGGGAUCAGCCGCCGCAGCCGCAGCUCCCGGGUCACGGUCGUAGCCGGGCCCAGCAGCGCGGUGGAGCACGUGGGCCCGGGAGGCGCUUCCCAGCUGCGGUCCCUGGAUCGCCCUCUCCACGCUGAAGCAACAGCUCCCUGGGGCCAGCUACCUAGAGUGUUCCAGCCCCGGUGUGCCAGUGCAAGUCGCACGGUGAAAAUGUAGGUGACAGGAACCCAAACAGGUCCCCGCUGCACGCCCUCGCCUUGUUGUCCCCAGCCCUUCCCUCGGACUCGAGACUUGGGGAGCUACGUACCGGGUUCAGCUCAUAAGUCCCGAGGGCAGACGCGCCAGCCCGCGACAGCAUCCGCACUGGGGGAACAGGGACAGCUGCCGUGACGGCAGGAGCUGGGCCCGGGCUCGGGUUCGCGCCCCCCGCGGGCGGCGAAGUCCGUCCGUGCACGAGAGCUGCGCGGUCACCUCCUCCCUCCAGCAGUCACCCGGGGACUCGAGCUCCCCGCGGCCGCGCUGCCCCCUUUAACUUUCCUGCCAGCUCUCGGGACCCCGGGGUCCAUCCCAGGCCCCCUUCCACGUGAACGCCCCCCGCAGCCAAUGGGCGCGCCCGGGACUCCAGCCGCCGACCAAUGGGCGCGCAGCCACGGCGCUGGGGAGCAUCGCUUCGCCACGUGAUCGGCAGCGCGCCCGGAGUGAUCCGGCUGUGGGCCAGGGUCUGGGAAGGGGGUGGUGGGUCGCCGUUUCAUCAGAAGCCCGAGGACGGGCGCCAGGGGGCAACUUCCUACAGGAGGGCGUCCCGUUAGAAUGACAGGGCUUUUGCAAAAGUCUGACACCCGUGGCACAGAGCGCCCCAGAUAUGGAGGGUUUCACAGGCUCGUGUGUGGCUUCUUCAGUCCUCUCUUCAUUCACUCAUGUAUUCAUUUAUUCAACGACAUGUUACUAAGGAACCUCCUUAAGCCGGGAUGCUGAACGUGGAAAAAUAGUUGACUCUUGAACAAUGUGGGGGCUUGGGGCACCAACCCCCUGUGCAGUUGAAAAUCGACAUAUAACUUUGACUCGCCAAAAACUUCACUACAAUAGCCUGCUGUCAACCUGAAGUCUUACCAAUAACAUCAACAGUCAAUUAAACAUAUUAUGUAUGUUA